AUGGUAGCUAAAGAGGAUGAUAACGGGAUUGUAAUACUCAAAUGGAGAGACACACGUAACGUGAGAAUAUUAUCUACGAAACACGCUCCUAUCAUGACACAAAGCACGAAAAACAUUCAUGCUGCUUCUUCAAGCCAGCAGCCAUCCCCAAGACUCAAACCUCUGGCCGUCCUCGAAUAUAAGAAGGGUAAAUGUGAUAUAGAUUAUUCAGACCAAAUGGUUUCCUAUCCUUCGACGAUGAGGAAAGGAAUCAAGUGGUAUAGGAAGCUUGAUGUUGAACUUCUACUGGGGACAUCAAUUGUAAACGCUUUGGUCGUUUACAAAAUUGCGACAAAGAAAACUGUAAAUAUUAGACGAUUCAGAGAACUGAUUGCUGCAAAGUUACUAGGACUGAAUGAAGAUUUAACACUGCCUUCUGUUCGACGAAAUACGCAUUGCAUCGCCGUUCGCAGAAAUAAUUUGGGGAAAAGCCUUAGACGCGCAUGCAAGCGGUGUUACGCAAAUAAAAGAGAAGAACUGGAACGAUCAAAGGCAUGA